GUGGUUUCACGCGGUUCCAUGGUGUUCUCCCUUCAUUUUACGACUUACAAAUUGUGCUGGCUAAGUAUUUAAUAACUAUCGUGUGCAUUAAAAAAUUGGCUCUUCAUUAUGCAUGGAAUUGUGUGAACAAAGGCCUUUCUGAGUAACUGUGUGCAACUUUGCAAACUGCUGUAAUUGACUGGGUGGUGGGCCAGCCUCAUGCUUUCUCAUUCUUUCACUGUUGCGUAGCAAUGUGUUAAAAAAGAAGUUUCAAGGAAUUUCAUCAAUUGUGAUGCAUGGCGACACCUUUCGACUUAGCUGUGAGCAUAUUUAGUAUAAACGUAUUGCAAAGAUUGCGUACACUGGCUUUAUCUAUUUGCAAUGGCAGCUUUCGUACGACAUUGGUGUAUUGUCUUUUCUAUGUUGGUCACUACUCGUUUGUAUGUAUUUUUAGAGCCCUGACAGGCUGAUGAAGGAAGACUGAAGUCUUCUGAAAGCUAUCAUUACUAAGAAAUGAAGCUGGUGUUAUGACUUAUGAACAGUGAACAGUGUUCCAAAAUUUUAUUUCAGAGUGAAAAAUUGUUCUUGAAAAUUGGAGAUGAAAGUGGAAAAUUGAUUUCAGUUGGAUGCCAUUUCCCACCCAAAACUGGCAAAUUUUGGGACAUUGGUUUUGAACAAACUUAACAAUACAAUAUCACUGGCCCAGGCUCUAGCUGAAUAACAUCAACAUAUAACAUAAUACUUUGUGUAAGCAUCUCGUACAACUGUGUUGCUGUGAUAAUGAAUUCAAAACACAUGCAUCCUGCAUCCAUGAAAGUGGAUAGUAAGUAGAAAGAAGCAUUUGUUUCCACAUGUUAGUGAUAAUUGUGCAAUUUCUUGGUAAUUUUAGUUUGUAUGAAAACGCGUAAGAUUUAGGUGAUUGAAACUAAACCUGGAAGAUAAUUUUUAGGUCAAUUUUUACUUCUUUUUUAAUGCUGUUCUUGAUAUUCCACUUCACUCAAAACACACCAGUUCAUAAGUUAUUUCAGGGCUUUCACAGUAGCCAUGUCUUUGUGGUCAAUCAUCCUCAGAGCAGCCUGAGUCAAUUCCAUUCAUGACUUCCUUAGCCAUAUAUCUCUGAUCCUUUUUCAGGACAAGACAUGCACUACUACAUGUAUGCUGUGCCUGGCUCAAGAUUCCUAUAUGUAGCCAGGCUGCCCUACCGACACUGGCAAAAUGAAUGCUUCCUUGAACAAAGCUAACCAAAGGUGCCAUCAACUGUCUUAAUCUGAACAGGAAGGAAGCCUAGUUUUCAACAUAGACAACAGCUUGUGUGAAGCUGUCACUUUCAGGGUGUGCACCACCCAGUGUUCAUUUGUUAACAUCAAUAAUGUGUGACCACGAAAGGAAACCCUUCUGAAGGCGCGGAGCUGAGCGGCAGAGCGGCGGAGCUGAGCGGCAGAGCGGCGGAGCUGAGCGGCGGAGCUGAGCGGCAGAGCGGCGGAGCUGAGCGGCGGCGCAGAGCGACAGAGCGGCCAUGGGCGACAAAGGCUUCUCGCGGCAGCAGUGGGUGACGCUGUUCGUCUUCAGCCUGGCCGACUUUUGCUCGGCGGUCUGCGUGUCACUACAGGCGCCCUUCUACCCACACGAGGCCGAGAAGAAGGGCGCCACGGCCACCCAGUACGGGUUCGUGUUCGGUGUGUUCGAGCUGACGGUGUUCAUCGUCAGCCCCAUCUACGGAAAAUACUUGAACAAAUUGGGACCAAAGUUUGUCUUCAAUGCCGGUAUAUUUACUACAGCGUCCUGCUCGAUAUUGUUCGGGUUUCUUGACAAGGUGGAGGACACAAGGCUGUUCAUCGGGCUGAGUUUUGCAAUCCGUAUUGUAGAGGCGAUGGGAAAUGCCGGCUUCCUGACAGCCAGCUUUUCCAUAAUCGCCAAGGAGUUUCCCGACAACGUGGCGACCACGUUUGCCUCCUUGGAGACAUUCUUCGGCAUCGGACUGAUCGUCGGACCGACGGUGGGCGGCGCCCUUUACCAGCUGGGUGGGUACACACUGCCGUUCGUCAGUCUGGGCGGCGUACUGUUCUUCACUGCCGUUCUGACGUUCGUGCUGCUGCCCAACCACGACGACCACUCGUGCAAGGACAGCAAAGGCGGCGGCAUCCGGCGGGCGCUGCGAGUGCCCGGCAUUGCGCUGGCCGCCUUCUCUAUCAUCUCGGCGUCGUGCAGCAUCGGCUUCAUCCAGGCGCUGCUGGAGCCGCACCUGAGGCCGUUUGAGCUGAAGCCGGUCGUGCUGGGUCUGAUGUUUGUCAUCAACGGCGGCGUGUACGCGCUGUGCGCGCCGGCCUGGGGCUGGCUGUGCGACAACCACCUCCGACCCAAGGUGGUGACCGCCGUCAGCGCCGUCAUGGUCAUCAUCGGCUUCGGCCUAAUGGGACCGCUGCCCUUCCUCGGCGUGGCACCCUCGCUGGGCCUCAUCAGUUUCGCGCUGGUGGUGCACGGCGUGGGGUUCGGCGGCGAGGUGGUGGCCGCCUUCGUGGACGCUCACCGGGAGGCAGUCUACAACGGUUUCCCGGACAACUUGGACACGUACAGCAUGGUGUCGGGCCUGUGGACCAGUAUGUUCGCGUUCGGCGCGUUCGUCGGCCCCUCAGUGGCCGGCAUCCUGUACGACCACUUCGGCUUCGGCUACGCCACGCUGCUGGUGGUCAUCAUGCACGUCGUCCUGCUGGCGGCCGUGCUGCUGUUCCUGGCCACUCGGCGCCGGCCGGCCGGCCACACUCAAACGCCCGCCGACAAGGAGAAGGGCGGCGACGCGCCGGCCGACCAGGAGAAGCUGCCGCUGCUGACGGGCAGCUUCGACAGCAGCUACGGCAGCGAGGACAACGUCAGCACCUCCGAGCUGGUCGUCUGGUGAUCCCGGCCCGGCCGGCCGGCGCGGCGGGCCCGCGGCGCUGCGCGGUGACCGAGUCUAGCCCCCAGUGACCGAGCCUAGCGUCCCGGACAGAGCCUAGCCCCCUGGUGACCGAACCCGGUGACCGAGCCGGCGACCACUGCGUCGGGGCACUGGCAGUGUUCGUGCGGUCGGACCGGGCAGCCGCGGCACGAGCGGACCGGCGGCCGGCUGUAACCGCCGCCCGAACGCCCGCGCUCGUCUGCGCGUCUGUCUGCGAGCCCUCCAGGACACGCUGUUGCGGACUGUGGGCGGCAUUGUGACCAGGUUUCUGAGGCGAUGAAGCUUGCCAGGUGGGAGGGGGACGAGCGGAGGGGCGGGUGAGGCGACCGCCGCACUCCCCGCGGCUGGUAACUCUUCCCAGCCCUCUAUCCACUGCGGGUACGCAGUCAACAUAUCGGGGAGCGGGACCAGCUCAAUCGCCGUGCUGCCCUAUACCGCACUGGAGUUGUACCGUGAUGUGUUUGUGACAAUACACAGGGGAGGAGAACA